GACCACAACGUGACGAAACUUCAGAUAAAGCAAAAGGGCCUGAAGCCAUGGUGGUAAGUACUGACUGAUUCAAAAGGAAAAAAAAGGGGGGAGAGACAUGGAUUGACCCUUUUAGUUAGAUGAAUAACAUGUGGAGAUCCAUUGCAAAAUACGCACGACAACAAAUUGUACAAUCAGACCCUUCUCAAGUGGAAGCGAUUCUCAAGCUUUGGCACAUGAGGUUACUGGCACUUACAAAGUUAGGACUUUGUCAGUUAGCUUCAGCCGAGUUUGAAAAGCUAGGAGACUUGGAUCGACCUGAAUUAAGAGAUUUGAGAACAGACGAAUCAUUGGUCCCGUUUGAAUUAAGGAUUUUAUGGGGAACGCUCCCAUCUUUUCUGAAAUAUCCUGCUAUUGCGUUAGAAAGAAUCACCAUGUUGGCAGUUUAUUGUAAGAAGCGAAAUUGGAAGCGACGAGAAAUUCAGACGUAUCUGGUAUUGGCUACGAUUUGGAUUAGCAUCAAGGAUUAUUCUGCUGCAGCUUCCACCAUGAAGUUAAUCUUGUCCAAAGUAGGGGAUCAUAUCGAUAUUUUAUCCAGUCUAGGAAGACUUUAUCUUCAAAUGGGGGAUCUAGAGUCUGCCAAAGGAGUAUUUAAGCAAAUGGAAGAAAAGUAUGGUGAUAGCGAUACAGCAACCGAAGAGGCCAUCAAAACAAAUAAGGCAUUUGUCCUCAUGGCUAAAGGUGAAUGGCUUCAAGCAAGAGAAAUUUUACAAGAGGUCUAUACGGCCAAUCACGAGAAUUUGUUGGCCAUGAAUAACUUGGCUGUAUGUGAAGUCUAUUUGGGCAACCUAGUCAAAUCCAUUGAUAUCCUAGAGACCUUGACAGCUGAUAAUCCUACUUCGGCAGGUACUUGCGAAACUGUCAUCAUGAAUAUGUGUACUCUAUAUGAAUUACGCUAUGAAGAUGCUACCCAAAAAAAGAUUGAGGUGAUGAAACAGGUAGCUCGAUGGGCUGGAGAUUCAUUUCAAGCAGAUUGCAUUAAACUUCAAUAAAAUUUACUCU